AUGGCCUAUGACAAGACUGUUGGUGAUAGCGAGGACUUAGUCGUUAAAAAGGUUAACAGCAGCAAGGACAAACAGACCAGAUUCCCACCACGUCCAAAAUAUGGGACCGAGGGCACGUCAGAUUCUCUCUGGGCUAACUACGUAAAGAUGGACAUAGGAGACCUAGUUCUAUAUCGAUACGAUAUCUCAAUUGACCAAGAACCCAGUGUGAGGAGGCGUAUCCAGAUUGUCAAACUACUUCUUCAACUUCCUUGCAUGGGUGACUAUAAACAAGGCAUCAUCACUGACUUCAGGUCGACUCUUCUAUCACUAAAGAAACUUGAGAAUAUUGACGAUCCCAACGAGGUUGAAUAUCGUGCCGAGGAUGAAGUUCAGUCACGCAAGGGUGCGAAGAAGUACAAAGUCGCACUUAAAUACACUAAGACUCUCUCCAUUUCUAACCUCCAGGACUAUGCCAAGUCCACUGAUAUUUCAGCGAUGGAUAACAUUAAGAAAGAAAUAGUACAAGCAUUGAAUAUUCUAUUCAAUCACUAUGCGGAGACCACCGAUAAUCUUGUUACGUUCGGGUCAGGGAAAAUUUUCCCGGUUGGCACUUCUCAGGAAAAUUGCGACCUCGGCGGCGGUCUAGAGGCGAUAAGGGGUCAUUUCACUAGUGUUAGAUGGAUGACUUCCCGGUUCCUUCUGAACGUAAAUGUCUGCCGCGCAGCUUUCUAUAAAACUUGGACAGUUCUCGAGUUGAUGAACAAAUAUCGGCAGGACGUGAGCCGUGACAAUGUGAAGCUGGCAUUCUUUUUAAGGGGGCUUAGAGUGCGGGUAAAUCACCUUGACAGUUCGAAAAAGGAUCACGGAACCAUUUCCAAAAUUAGGACAAUUUGUGGCCUUGUUACGGAGAACGAUGGAAAGGAUCUAGAUUAUCCCCCAGAAGGUCGUAGUUUUGGCGCUACUUCCAAAGAAAUCAGUUUUUGGAUGGACGAAAAAGGAGGUUAUUAUAUUAGUGUCUACGAUUACUUUAAACAAAGAUAUGGAAUAUCGGUAGACUCAACAAGGCCAGUUAUCAACGUCGGGACGCCAAUGAACCCAAAAUAUCUCCCCCCUAAUCUCUGCAGCGUACUUCCUGGUCGGGUGGCGAGGACAAAAUUGACUUCCGAACAAUCGCAGAAGAUGAUUGAUUUCUGCACCAGCGGACCGUCUCCAGAUGCUUCUAAUAUUCAGUCAAUUGGAUUAACUUCGGUUGGGCUUAGAGGCGAGAAUAGAAAUUUAGGGCGUUUCCAUAUUAGCUUUCCAAGGGAAUAUUCUGAGCCGAGCCUAAUCACAGUUCCGACCCGUGUCUUAAAUGCACCGAAGGUUUGCUACAAAUCUAACAACGGUUAUCAGAAUGCCAAAUUGUCCAAAAAUAGGUCAUGGGAUCUUCGAAAUAUGAGUUUCACUACAGCUACAAACACGAGGAGAUGGUCGUAUGUGGUCAUUACGUUCGGGGGUGAAACAAACGUUUACGAAGGCAGACACAAAGAUCUUGAACAGUUGUUCAAGAAGGAGCUCCCUAAGGUCGGAAUAAAAUACACAGAGCCGGUAGACCUAAAAACUGCUCGUAAAGUCAACGUCAAAGAUGCAGCGGACAUCGACAAGAUUUUUCAGAUUGCCAAAAAUUAUAGUCUGAACUGGCUCCUUAUCAUCUUACCUAGAAGGAUAAUAGCAGGGGACUACAACUAUAUCAAGAAGUUGGGCGAUCUUCACCACGGCAUAGCAACAAUCUGUGUCGCUGGUGAUAAGCUUGAUGCUCAGAGGAAUCCCGCUCAAUACGUGGCCAACAUUUCCAUGAAGCUCAAUCUGAAGCUUGGUGGAAAUAACCAGUACGUCAAAUUCAAUGAGUUAACUUCACUCAACUUCAGCGAGACUAUGGUUGUGGGUAUUGAUGUCACCCACCCAUCCCCUUCAUCCAGCAAAGAUACUCCUAGCAUCGCUGCGGUUGUUGCAACUAUCAACUCCUCUCUUGGACAAUGGCCGGCUGUGAUCCGACGGCAAGCGGAGGCACGCCAAGAGAUGGUGUCAGAGCUUGCGGAUAUGCUUCAUUCACGGCUAUUGCUAUGGGAAAAGCAUAAUAAAGCCUAUCCAAAGAACAUUCUAGUUUAUCGCGAUGGCGUAUCUGAAGGCCAGUACGAGACAGUACUCGAUCAAGAGCUGCCACUUCUACAUGAGGCCUUUACUCGUAUCCCCGUCUAUCGGAAAAAGGCGCCGCGGCUCACGGUGAUUAUUGUUGGGAAGCGUCACCAUACGCGAUUCUACGCACCUGGUGAUGAACCAUCCAAUCCCUUACCUGGAACUAUUGUCGAUCGGGGUGUGACGGAAGCCCGGUACUGGGAUUUCUAUCUUCAACCCCACGACGCGAUAAAGGGAACUGCACGCCCUAUACACUACUUUGUGCUACACGACGAGAUAUUCAAGGACCUUCGCAACCCAGUUAGCGAGCUAGAAGCCGUAACUCAAGGGCUAUGCUAUGUGUUCGGCCGCGCCACAAAACCGGUUAGCGUUUGCACUCCCGCCUACUAUGCUGAUAUAGCAUGUGAGCGGGCUCGUUGCUACCUCGACCAUUUGUUCGAUGAUCCUGGUGAAUGGGCAGCACAUGACUCCAAGAGCUCCAAGGACAUUCAGAAACCUAGCCAGGGAAAAGUCCCCCCUAAGGAUAAGAUAGAACUUCAUGCUAAUAUUAGAGAUACUAUGUUUUAUAUCUGA